AUGACCCUCCUCGGCUCGAUCGCUUCAAAGGCUGGCUUCUCGAACGGCAGGGCGUGGGACCCGUCAACGGGCAUCCCAGACCUCACUGGCAAGGUCGCGAUCGUCACGGGCGCGAGCGACGGCAUCGGUCUCAUCACCGCUCGCGAGCUGCACAAGAAGGGCUGCAAGGUCUACUUGGCGUGCAGGAGCGAGGAGAAGGCGCAGGACGCGAUCAAGCGCAUCAAUGAGGCGUCGCCCGGCAAGCCUGAGGGACUCGUCUUCCUCCCGUUCGACUUGACGGAGCUCAAGAGCGCUGAAAAGGCGGCCAAGACGGUGCAGGAGAAGGAGCAGAGGCUGGACAUCGUCGUCUGCAAUGCCGGAAUCAUGGCGUGGCCUUACGAGCUCAAGAACGGCGUCGAAUGCCAGUUCUGGAACCACCUUGGCCACUUUGCGCUCGUCAAGCCGCUCCUCCCGCUCCUCAUCAAGACGUCGAAGGAGCCGGGCGCCCAGGUCAGGGUCGUGAGCGUCUCGUCGAUGGGCCACAAGUUCGCGCCCAAGCCCGAUUUCUCCUCCCUUGACGCCGUGAACCAGGACUAUGGCUCCACCUGGAGUCGCUACGGUCUGAGCAAGCUUGCCAACAUCCUCUUCGCGACCGCCCUCCAGGAGCGCCUCAAGGAUGAGAACAUUCACGUCAACUCGCUCCACCCGGGCAACAUCCACACCUCGCUGACGCGCGGACCAAUCGCUUCGUACGGCUUCUUCGGCAAACUCAUGCAACGCGUCAGUUCCUACGCCAUGAUGACGCCCUUCGAAGGCGCCAAAACGCAGCUCUACCUCGCCGCCUCGCCCGAAGUCUCCGAGAAGGACUACCGCGGAAAAUACUUUGUCCCCAUCGCCACGCCAGCGACCCCUUCGGCUUAUGCGCAGGACCGCGAGCUCGCGGAGCAGCUGUGGAAGUUGUCGGAGGAGGCGGUCAAGAAGGCGGACCAGCUGGCGAGCGCUUGA